AUGGCUGCACGUCGACUCACGGACGAAAUGAUCGGCAGUCCCAAUUAUCAAGAUGCCGUGGUACGGUGUAUCCUGGGUCUAGACGCAACUUAUAGUUUGCUAGCCGAAGAAAUGUUCCAGAACGACGUAGAGGAAAAUCUCAUUAGGCUGAUAGCCGAGGAUCCCAAGAUCAAUUUUGCUAAGACAUUUGUUGAUGGGGUGCUUGGAAAUGGCAAUGGGGGGAAUGGGGGGGCAAUGGCGACAACUGGGGGGGCCCUGAGAGGGGCGCGGUAG